GAGACGGAGCUGAUCCCCGGCCCCUACCACUCUGACCACGCCGGCUUCCAGCAGGCCUACGCGUCGAUGGCGGAGCACGCUGGCGGCACCUUGCCAGAGGCCUUGGAGAUGCGGUACGACCUGGUCAAGGAGAGAGUGAAGCUCUUAGAGGCGGGCGGCACGGUCGCCGAGGACGCAGAGGAGGGCGAGAGCCUCGCCACGCUCCAGGCGGAGCUCGGUGACUUCGGGGGCGGCCCCAGCGAUAGCCUGGCGCGUGGCAGCCCGGAGCGCACCGCGUGGUUCUCCCAGUGGCUGGCCGACCGCUGCGGCAGGCAGGGCCGCCUGUGA